AUGUGUUGUUUGAGCUUUAAGAAUUUCACAUAUAUGAUUCUUAUUGCAUUUAUUAUUUUGGCUUCAAAUUUUGAAGAGUGUAAUGCAAGAAGAGGAAAACAUUGGAGACAAAAUAGAGAGGAGAGAGCUUCUAUGUUUAAGAAGAAAGGAAAGAGUUAUGGCAAUGGACAUAACCAUAAUGGUGGAGGUGGAGGAACAAAAUCUAAGGCUUCUCCACCACAAAAAAGCAUUCCCUCAAUCUCACUGCCGCCGCCGCCACCACAAAAAACCAUUCCCUCACCCUUACCACCACCGCCACCAGCACCACAAGAAGAAGUUACACACUUAACUCCACCACCACAAACUUACAUUGGUGCAUCCUCUACCACUUUCAAUGUGCUAGAUUUUGGAGCUAAAGGAGAUGGAAAAAGUGAUGAUACAAAGGGAUUUGAAGCCACGUGGGCUGAAGCAUGUAAAGUAGAGUCAUCAACCAUGUUAAUUCCAGCCGAUUAUGUCUUCUUAGUGGGGCCAAUUGUAUUCUCAGGCCUAUACUGUAAACCCAAAAUCAUUUUCCAGGUGGAAGGAACAAUUAUUGCACCAACAAAUCCUAAUGUUUGGGGCAAUGGACUACUGCAAUGGUUGGAUUUUAUAAAACUAGUAGGAUUUACCAUUCAAGGAAAUGGCAUCAUUGAUGGAAGAGGCUCUGUUUGGUGGCAAGACACUCAAUAUAAUGAUCCUUUAGAUGAUGAAGAAAAACUCUUAGUCCCUUUGAAUAACACACUUAGAACCCCGCCAGUGCAGAUUGAAAGUUCACUAGAAGGAAAAAUGCCAGGAAUCAAACCAACUGCAAUAAGGUUCUAUGGGAGUAUUAAUCCAACAGUCACAGGCAUAACAAUUCAAAAUAGUCCACAAUGCCAUCUCAAGUUUGAUAACUGUAAUGGAGUUUUGGUUCAUGAUGUGACUGUAACGUCCCCUGGUGACAGCCCUAACACUGAUGGAAUUCACUUGCAGAACUCCAGAGAUGUUUUGAUAUACAAAAGCAAUUUAGCUUGCGGAGAUGACUGUAUUUCCAUACAAACUGGAUGCUCAAAUGUAUAUGUACACAAUGUCAACUGUGGACCAGGGCAUGGAAUCAGCAUUGGAGGUCUAGGAAAGGAUAAUACCAGAGCCUGUGUCUCAAACAUUACUAUCAGAGAUGUUAACAUGCAUAAUACAAUGAAUGGAGUCAGAAUCAAAACAUGGCAGGGUGGAUCAGGUUCAGUACAAGGAGUACUAUUCUCAAACAUACAAGUUUCCGAAGUUCAAUUCCCGAUCAUAAUCGACCAAUUCUACUGCGACAAAAGAAACUGCAAAAACCAAACAGCAGCCGUGGCACUCACGGGAAUCAACUACGAAAGUAUAAAGGGAACAUACACAGUUAAACCAGUUCACUUUGCGUGUAGCGAUAGCUUGCCUUGUGUCGAUGUUUCUUUAACAAGUGUGGAAUUACAACCUGUUCAAGACAAAUACCAUAUGUAUGAUCCGUUCUGUUGGGAGACUUACGGUGAACUGAAAACUACAACUGUUCCGCCAAUUGAUUGUCUGCAAAUUGGGAAGCCGCCGAAUAAUCGGAUUCAGACAGCUCAUGAUUUAUGUUGA